UGAGUACCAGGGCCUGGUGAAGCACACAGGAGGCUGCCACUGUGGAGCAGUUCGUUUUGAAGUUUGGGCUUCAGCAGACUUGCACAUCUUUGACUGCAACUGUAGCAUUUGCAAAAAGAAGCAGAAUAGACACUUCAUUGUUCCAGCUUCUCGAUUCAAACUCCUGAAGGGCGCUGAGAGCAUAACCACAUACACGUUCAAUACACACAAAGCCCAGCACACCUUCUGUAAGAGAUGUGGUGUUCAGAGCUUCUACACUCCACGCUCCAACCCUGGAGGCUUUGGAAUCGCCCCCCACUGCCUCGAUGAAGGCACUGUUCGGAGUGUGGUCACCGAGGAAUUCAAUGGCAGUGACUGGGAGAGAGCCAUGAAGGAGCACAAGACCAUAAAGAACAUGUCUAAAGAGUGAGCUCAUGCUUCCUCCUUCCCGAGAGGGAGCCAGCAGUUGCUGUGCAGACCUGGGCCGCCAUCUCCACUCCCAGUGUCCUGUGGUUUGCCUCCAUUUCUUUAGGCAGCUCUGCCCUUAGCCCAGAUUUCAUGUAAGACAGUUGACCUUUUCCCUUCCCACCGACUUUUGUGUGAUCUUUUAGAGAAUAAACAUUUCUGACAUUAACGCUA